CUUUAUGGUUUUAUAUUUCGCAUUAUGACUGUGAUUAAUGUGAUAAUCCGAGAUUCUCUUGAUGUAUUUUCAUAUUCGAAAUUAUAACAUUACUUCCGCUACUUGCCCUAUCCUUAACCAACUCUUCGCAUCUCCUCUCUUGAUGAUUUUUUCCCCGGAUUAUGGCUGUCACCAUUCUCAUCCAAUUUCUUCGACCACCCCUUGCAAUUAUUCCCUCUUCCUCCCUUCUUUGACGUCUCCUCACCAGCACUUCAUCUUUCUUUUGUCUGUGCUCUACCUCAACCAUCGAUCAAUAAAACGAGCAUGCCAUCUUUCUAACCACAGCAUCGUAUCACUGAUCUUUCUUUCAGGAGGAUAGCAUGCAAUGUCAGUGUUCGAAGAAAUGCCUAACUAACUCUAUUUGUUGUUACUAGCUUGUAUUCAUAUGAAAGUUUUAGAUUUUAGUGGUUACUGACUAAUGCCACUUUGGACCGUUGCUUGUAUCCGGAUUCAGUAACAAUUUGCUAGAAGUAGGAUAUUGUCUUAUGUCAUUAGUUGACCUUGCAUCUUUUCUCUAUCCUUUUCAUGGUGCUUGACUGAGAGCUGUAAAGCUAACUUGGUUAGAAAUUAGGAUUGGUUUGCUUCUAUGAUCUUUGGGUCAGUGAAGUGCUUGAAAUUUACUUUGUUAAUAGCAUGCCACAAAAUGCUAGCCAUUCAUAAGAAGAGAAACUCUCUCUUUCACACCCCGGAAGCUCUUGGAAUCAUCCAUCUUCUCCGUCAAGGUGAGAGGAAGCUUAAAUGGUCAGCCGGCAGGCCAGAAGGCACAAACGGGUCCAGACCAUCUUGCCACUGCACACGAGCUAUCCUUCAUGCUCCAUCUCGUGCUGUUUUCAGGUAUUGUGUUUUCAAGGUUUAUAACCUCAAUGAACAUCUAUUCUCGUUUGGAUUCCGUUAUGCCAGAUUUCUAUGGGUUUGGUUCACAGUGGGAGCUGCCUUCAGUUUGAUGGCUCUACUUGGAGUUUCAGUAGUUAGAGAUGGUUUUUUAUUUGUUGCAUACUACAUGUACCAUUGAAACCUUCUAUCUACUAGGCCUUUAAUUAUAUAUUCUCCACAAAUCUAAGAGUCAACAUACUUCUGUACAUAAACAGAGUUAAUGAAUAAAUCAACUUCCAACAA